AUGGCUACUAUUACGAGGUUAUCGAUCAUAAAAUUUUUUGAACUUCUUUUGGUAUGCAUCCUCAUCGGAUUGCACUAUCACUCCUUCAAUGCGGGAGAUCAGCAUACCGCGAUGAUAACUAUGGGCACUUUCGGUGGAUAUCUGAUUAUCUUGGUUGGUCUAUUUAUUGGCAGUGUGAUGGGAACACCAGUGAACCGCCGUGUGGACCUUUUCUUCUCCCUCAUCGGAUGUGCGCUGUUUAUUGCUGCGGGCUCACUCAACAUCGAUUACUUCCAGAAGCUAGUACAUAAGUCGCAAUUUCGCGAUACUGGCUUAGCCAAGGGUUCUCUCAGCAUUAUUGAAGGCAUUAUCUUCCUGGUGGAUGCUUUUCUCACCUUUCGGGGAGAGAAUUGAAAUUUAAAGUUGCCUUAACAAACGAAAAGACGGCUGCACCAUCAGCAUAAUUGGCAUCAACUACAUUCUACGAUUCGACCAACACAAAAUAUAUUUCUCUCUAAUUUGUAAUAUAUGGAAUACUGCCACAAAUUUUUCCCUAUAUGGAACAAAUUUCCAGGGUAACUGAGCGAAAUUGUGUAUGAGUUGGACGAGAUUAUGAAUCACUUUCAGAAUUUUUAGAGUUACAUAUAUAGUAUAUAUGUAUAAACUUAUAGCUUCGCGUUUUGCGCUCUUGUCACGAUCACGCACGAUCACGAAAUAUCCACUUUAUUGAAAUAAUAUUGUGUUUCAUUAUCAUUUCUUUAACUUAUUGUUCAGAUAAAAAAUUUUUUUAAUAAAUUAUUUAUUAAAUGUUUUUUUUCUAUUGAUAAGGAAAGACUCUCUCUUCAAGCGAGUACUUAAUUGUUUGAAUGCCACAGAAUUUUUGCAGGAGAUAUAUCGAAAAGUGUCGAGGGAUAUGAUCACAUAUUGCUAUUAUUUUAUAUCGAGAAAUGUCAAAUGGCGUUGUUGCACUUAGUAAGUUGUUCUUAUCUUUUUAUUAAGUCGCUUUUUUAUUUCUUCUUGUAGCAAAGAUUAUGAAAAGAUUUUCAAUUUCGUAAAGUCUCAUCAUUAUAACACUAACUGUGCAUUGCAGUAGAAUUCAAGCACACCGUCAUCUAAAUCUGCAAUCUGGUGGUGCUUUUCGACAGGAAAUAACAGCAACGAUCGUGCUCUGUGGCAUUCAAACGUUAUAUAAGUUUUGCAUGUACACGUAAUGUAAUUUUACUUAAUAAUUGCAUUCAAUCGAUAAUAAUAUAAGACAUACAGAAAUCGCAUUUACAUACGACAAUAACGUAUACAUAUAUAUGCGUAUAUUACAUCUAUAUACAAUAUGUUGGAAAAGAAAUUCAAUUGUAAUUUUUCGACAAAACCAGCAGUGCCAUAUUGAACUUUUUCUGAAAAGUGAUAUGUUUAAGCACAGGUAUCCUUUCUAUUAAAAUUUGGUUCAAGUCAGACGAGGCAAAUUUUUGGCCAAAGGAAAACGCCUGUGCGUCAUCCAAUAUAGCUUUUUUUAUUCAACAAGUUUGGCUUCAAUUCUAUGUACGUAUGUACAAUAAUCAUUAAUGAUGUACCGAAAUCUGUAAUUUUUAAUUAUCCUAUUAUGAAGUUCGAUAAAUAACGGUAAUAAGAAUAAUAACAAAAAUAUUAUAUGCGUUUUUAUAUAUUAUCACUUGUACGUAAUCUCAACACUAAACGCUUAUCAACAAUCCCGUGUAUUAUCGUAUCGUUUCAUGUAUUUUUCAGUAUAAGCCCUUUAACAGGACUAUCAGCGUCUGUCACGCGACACAUAUUCUUUUAUUGUAAAGUUAUUCUUUCUAAUUCAUUUAUAUGUAACUUUUAUAAAAAAA